UUCAGCUGUUUUAACAUUGGGAAAAGGGUCAUCUUUAAUGCUAAAAAUUUUAUUUUACGACCAUUUCAUAGCUCUUUAUCAUAAUGUCAAGUCCUUCRGAAGAACCUGAACUCAAAGCUGGUCAUCCUCCCGCCGUYAAAGCUGGAGGAAAGCGAAUUCCCACCAAGCAUCAUCAUCAACCUCCACCUCCUGCUCCAACACCAGAAGAGAAGGCUGAGAAUGAAGAAUUUGAAGAACCCAAAGAAAGAGACACAACAAAGUUAGUAGUAUCAGGAGCAGUAGCUAAAGGCAAUGCAGAUUURCCACCAGAAGCUGCCAGAGUAGCUCAUGAGAAGCCUAUGCCCCAGCAUGACAAGAGGCCACCACCACAUGCUGGAGGKAAAGGAGGGAAUAUACAUAUCCAACAACCAAGAAAGCAUUGAUUAUACACACCAGUUUUAGUUGUUAGACUCCAUAGAAUUGUUUUCUUUUAGG